AUCAGCAGCAACGACAGCUAAUUGCUAGGAUCUGAGCCUCCAUCUUCCCCUAAUUGAUCGGUCAAGGUGCAGUCCAACGGAGACAGAGUCGUCUUCGAAACACCAGACUCUGCAAUAUCUCUCGACAGUCCAUCUCCCAUCUCGUGUGUGCAAGCAGUCACCAAUAGUACCAUCAUCAACCACCAUCAUGGCCAUAUACAGCGCUGUCCCGCCGCCUCCUGAAUCGCCGCCUCACAACCAGGCCACAGCAAGCAACAUCUUCCCUGCCACUGCAGCGCCCAACUCAGCCAUCGACAUCGAAGCCUGGACCAUCUCCGCGCUCCAAUCGCUCAGCGUCUCGCCCAUCGCUCGCGGCACCGGAUCCCCUCUGACGAUUCCCCUCGAUGCCCUCACCGCACCCUCCAAGCGCUCAAUCAGCCGCCAGCAGGUCACGAUAGUGGCUUCUUCGGCGGAGGCUGCCCUUGUAACUCCUCUCCGUCGACCGCCCUCUGCCCGAGACAGCCAGAAGCGCAGGGAAGCCAUCCUCAAAGGCAAAGAAGGUAGCCGGCAGCGUCGGCGAUGGGACAACGAUCGUCUCGUAGACGUCCCCAACGUCCAGCCGCCCGAGCCCAUCGACUGGGAAGUCCAUCCCACGCAUCCCAUCCACCGAGUCCCCUAUCAGCUCGCUCAGUUCUGGGACCACGGCGUCCGUCAGCGCAUCCAGGACAAGACAGCCAAGCUUCAGGCUGCUCGCAAGAAGCAGCAACUCAAAGCCGGCAGCGCAACUGGCCUCGGCGUAGGGGAAGUCCCGCGAGACCUGCGAGAGUCGACCAAGCGCAGUCCGGUAAUUCGAACGUGGGUCAAGGCGCUCGAGGAGCCGGUGCGGCAGUACAUGAUCAACGAGCGUCAGAGGCGAAGGCCUGGGGAUCAGGCUGACGAUAUCCACGAUGAGGACGUGGACAGCGCGGCGGAAGAGAUGGACUCUGAUGAUGAGGAGAUUGUUUUCGUGGGCCGAAACGGCAGGAUGAGAGACAUGCAGCAGAAGAGGGCCGCUGCAGCUGCGGCACAGUACAGGAUGGCGCACCGUGAAGUGUCACAAGAAACUGUUGACUCGGGACUUCUCUUUGAUUCAUUUGGCGACGAUGAGACCGCCGCUUUCAAGCGAUGGCUUACGCAUGCCAUUGCAGAUUACUAUGGCCUCACAUCUAGAUCAGUUACCUCGGCCAACUCCCAAAGGGUUGUGUAUGUUGGCCUAAAGCAAGCACCACGUUUGCAGAAAAUGGCUCCUCCUCUCGCACAGCUGCCACGACCCCUGUGGGAGAUUUGCUAAGUGCAGCCCGGGGCGGUUUGGGGUUGUCUUUGAAGAGAACAGGUUGUAGAGAUUUGGGUUAAACAGGACCUCAUAUCUUUCAUGAUGCAUACAUACUUGUGACGUUUUCUUCUUCUUCUUGGAUAUACUAUGUGGCUAGACGUAUAUGAUAUUGGUCAUUCAUCUUCUCUCUAGACGAAUUCGGAUAGAUGGGGUGUGUUCAGAGGCAUUAUACAUGCAUAUUCUUUACUUCUCUCAAAGUUUCUG